AUGCAGCGGCAUUUCCUCGAUGUCGCCGAUGCACAGCCUGAUCCGUAUGUGCGCCAAAAGCAUGCGGUCUAUCUGGAACAAUCGCGCGAAGCAGUCGCCAAGGUGCUGAACGCCUCCAAGGAUGAGUGUGUCUUUGUGAAGAACGCCACGACCGGUGUGUCCACCGUGUUGCAUAACCUGGCAUUCCAGCCGGGAGAGGUACUUAUCUACUUCGAGGCCGUGUACGGCGCUGUGGAAAAGGGUAUUGUCUCGCUGCAGGAACACUCGUCUCUGCAGGCGCGCAAAGUCGAUUUUCAGUAUCCCAUCACCGAGGAUGAGCUCGCGCGCCGAUUCCGGGAGGUAGUUCGCCACACCCGCAAUGUUGAGGGCCUGACGGUCCGCGCUGCCGUCUUUGAUGCCAUUGUCAGUAAUCCCGGCGUCCGGUUCCCGUUUGAGCGAGUCACGGCGCUCUGCAAAGACGAGGGAAUUCUGAGCGUCAUCGACGGUGCUCAUGGAAUCGGCCACGUCCCUCUCGACAUGGGCGCGCUGCAGCCGGACUUUUUCGUGUCUAACUGCCACAAGUAUGACAUUCUUUCUCCCGUUGACAUCUACUUCAUCCGCACCACUCUCCCAACCUCGUGGGGCUUCAUCCCCGCGCCCACCUCCCCCGAGACCAGACCCUCCAUCUUCCAGGACCCCAACCAGCCCCAGGAAAAGACCCCCUUCGAGGAGCUGUUUGAGUUUGUUGCGACGAGCGAUGACUCUGCGUACCUGUGUGUUCCCGCGGCACUCAAGUUCCGAGCUGAGGUCUGCGGCGGCGAGAGGGCGGUCAUGGCGUACUGCCAGAAGGUCGCCAACGAAGGCGCCGAUGCCGUGGCAGCUAUCCUCGGCACGGAGGUGAUGCAAGAGCCAGGGUUAAAGCCAGGCGAGACGAGCCGCAUGCGCCAGUGUUCUAUGACGACGGUGCGGCUGCCGAUUGCCGUCGGUUCUUCUUCUGGCUCUGCGUCUGCUGCUGCUGGUAUAUCGCCGGAGGAUGUGCCCAAACUCGGGCCGUGGCUUCAGCGCGCUAUGAUUGAGGAAUAUCAUACAUUUGUGCCGGUCUUCCCGUAUAGCGGGUCGCUGUGGGUGCGGCUGAGUGGGCAGACCGUCUCGCUGCGUCCAUCAUUACUAGCAUGGUCCAUCUUGAUGCAUAAAUAG